GCCGAGCGCGCGGGGGCGCUACGCAGCAUAGGAGACGCUGAUGGAUGGCCGAAGUGCCGGCGCUCGCCAGGCAAGGCAGCACGGCUCCGCGGACUUUUUUUCAAACUCCUCUCAUCAAUGAGACUUCGAGAAGGAGCGGGAGGCGGCAGCGGCGACAGAGGGCGCGGAGGAAGGCGAGGAAGAGCCAGGGCCAGGAGCGCGGCCCGCACGGCGCAUCGGAGCUCCCCGGAGCUGCAGGCUCGGAGUCCUUAGGGACUGCCGGGUCCCCCGCCCGCCUCGGUCCCCUCCCCUGCCUGGCCAGCCCCGCCCCGGCGGCCUGAGUCCCGGCACUCCGCAGCCCCGCGCCGGCCAAGUUGGGAUGGGGCCCUGCAACCACUGCCCGGCGCCCGAGAGGCCACCUGCGUGCUAGAGGCAAACUUUUGUCUCCUCGGGUCUGCCGCUCAAGACUAUGAGCGGCUGAGAUGGAGAUGUCUGCCCCAGCCCCUGCAGCUGAGAAGAAAGAAGCCAAGGGUGGGCUCCUGGAGGGCUUCCCGGAGUCCGGUAAAAAGGCCUGCCCUCUGGCGGUGGCCGCGGCGGCAGCUGUAGCUGCCCAAGGAGUUCCUCAGCAACUCCUGCCACCUUUCCACGCGCCUUUGCCGAUUGACAUGCGACACCAGGAGGGAAGGUACCAUUACGAGCCUCACUCUGUCCAUGGUGUACAUGGGCCUCCCACCCUGAGCGGCAGCCCCGUCAUCUCUGAUAUCUCCUUGAUCCGGCUUUCUCCGCAUCCUGCUGGCCCUGGGGAGUCUCCCUUCAGUGCCCACCACCCCUAUGUGAACCCCCACAUGGAGCACUACCUCCGGUCUGUGCACAGCAGCCCCACACUCUCGAUGAUCUCUGCAGCCAGGGGCCUCAGCCCCGCUGAUGUGGCCCACGAGCACCUGAAAGAAAGGGGACUAUUUGGCCUCACUGCUCCAGGCACCAACCCCUCAGAGUACUACCACCAGAUGACCCUCAUGACAGGCCAUCCCGCUCCCUAUGGGGACCUUCUGAUGCAGAGUGGGGGUGCCGCAGGCACACCCCACCUCCAUGACUACCUCAAUCCUGUGGACGUGUCACGGUUCUCCAGCCCACGAGUGACCCCCCGCCUGAGCCGCAAGCGGGCGCUGUCCAUCUCCCCACUCUCAGAUGCCAGCCUCGAUCUGCAGCGCAUGAUCCGGACCUCACCGAACUCACUGGUGGCUUACAUCAACAAUUCCCGAAGCAGCUCAGCAGCCAGCGGCUCCUAUGGGCACCUAUCAGCCGGUGCCCUCAGCCCAGCCUUCCCCUUCCCCCACCCCAUCAACCCUGUGGCCUACCAGCAGAUCCUGAACCAGCAGCGAGGCCUGGGCUCAGCCUUCGGACACACACCACCCCUGAUCCAACCCUCGCCCACCUUCCUGGCCCAGCAACCCAUGGCCCUCACCUCUAUCAGCACCAUGCCCACCCAGCUCAGUAGCAGCAGCAACUGUCUGAAUGAUACCAACCAGAACAAGCAGAGCAGCGAGUCAGCCGUGAGCAGCACCGUGAACCCCAUCACCAUUCACAAGCGCAGCAAGGUCAAGACUGAGGCUGAAGGCCUCCGGCCAGCCUCCCCACUGGGACUGACACAGGAGCAGCUGGCUGACCUCAAGGAAGACCUGGAUAGGGAUGACUGUAAGCAGGAGGCUGAGGUGGUCAUCUACGAGACUAACUGCCACUGGGCAGACUGCACCAAGGAAUAUGACACGCAGGAGCAGCUGGUGCAUCAUAUCAACAACGAGCACAUCCAUGGAGAGAAGAAGGAGUUCGUGUGCCGCUGGCAGGCCUGCACACGCGAGCAGAAGCCAUUCAAGGCCCAGUACAUGCUGGUGGUCCACAUGCGCAGGCACACGGGUGAGAAGCCACACAAGUGCACGUUUGAGGGCUGCUCAAAGGCUUAUUCUCGCCUGGAGAACCUGAAGACGCACCUUCGGUCCCACACAGGGGAGAAGCCGUACGUGUGUGAGCAUGAGGGUUGCAACAAGGCCUUCUCCAACGCCUCAGACCGUGCCAAGCACCAGAACCGUACCCACUCCAAUGAGAAACCCUACAUCUGUAAGAUUCCAGGCUGCACCAAGAGGUACACAGACCCCAGCUCUCUCCGAAAGCAUGUGAAGACUGUUCAUGGGCCAGAUGCUCACGUCACCAAGAAGCAACGCAAUGAUGUGCACCUCCGCACCUCACUGCUCAAGGAGAAUGGGGACAAUGAGGCCAGUGCUGAGCCAGGUGGUCGGGGAUCCGAGGAUAGUGCCGAGGCCAGUAGCACCAGCCACACCAUGGAAGACUGCUUGCACAUCAAAGCCAUCAAAACAGAGAGCUCUGGGCUGUGUCAGUCCAGCCCCGGGGCCCAGUCAUCCUGCAGCAGCGAGCCCUCUCCCCUGGGCAGUGCCCCCAACAAUGACAGUGGCGUGGAGAUGCCAGGGACGGGGCCUGGGAGCCUGGGAGACCUGACGGCGCUGGAUGACACAUCCCCAGGGGCCGACACCUCAGCCCUGGCCACCCCCUCCACUGGUGGCCUGCAGCUGCGCAAACACAUGACCACCAUGCAUCGCUUUGAGCAGCUCAAGAGGGAGAAGCUCAAGUCGCUCAAGGAUUCCUGCUCAUGGGCCGGCCCAGCCCCACAUACCCGCAACACCAAGCUGCCUCCCCUCCCAGCAAAUGGCUCUGUUCUGGAAAGCUUCAAUGGUACUGGGGGCAGUGGGCCAGCAGGGCUGCUGCCCAACCCAAGACUGCCAGAGCUGACUGAAGUGACCAUGCUGAGCCAGUUGCAGGAGCGCCGAGACAGCUCCACCAGCACGGUGAGCUCAGCCUACACUGUGAGCCGCCGCUCCUCUGGCAUCUCCCCCUACUUCUCCAGCCGCCGCUCCAGUGAAGCGUCGCCCCUUGGAGCAGGUCGUGCACACAAUGCCAGCUCGGCAGACUCCUAUGACCCGAUCUCCACUGAUGCAUCCCGGCGUUCCAGUGAGGCCAGCCAGUGUAGUGGUGGAGGCCCAGGGUUACUCAACCUCACACCUGCCCAGCAAUACAGCCUACGUGCCAAGUAUGCAGCGGCCACUGGUGGGCCACCACCCACGCCAUUGCCAGGCCUGGAGCGGGUUAGCUUGCGGACCCGCCUGGCGCUAUUGGACACCCCAGAGCGUGCACUGCCUGGUGCCUGCCCACAUCCACUGGGGCCCCGACGUGGCAGUGAUGGGCCUACCUAUAGCCAUGGUCAUGGCCAUGGCUAUGUGGGGGCGGCUCCUGCCUUCCCACAUGAGGGCCCAGGCGGUGGUGGUGUGCGGAGGGCCAGCGACCCCGUGCGGCGACCUGACCCUCUCACACUGCCUCGAGUUCAGCGUUUCCAUAGUACUCACAAUGUGAACCCAGGUCCACUGCCACCCUGCACUGAUAGGCGAGGCCUGCGUCUACACAGCCAGCCAAACACGGAUGGCAGCCUGACCCACAGCACCUACUCCCCCCGACCCCCAAGCAUCAGUGAGAACGUGGUGAUGGAGGCCAUGGCCGCUGGAGUGGAUGGUACAGGGCUUGAGUCUGACCUGGGACUGGCAGAGGAUGACCUGGUACUGCCAGAUGAUGUGGUACAGUACAUCAAAGCUCAUACCAGUGGCACUUUGGAUGAGAGAACAAGGCAGGGGUAUCCCACAGAAAGCACUGGCUUCCCAGAGAACCCUAAACUGCCCAGUCCAGGGCUGCAGGGCCACCACAGGUUAGCAGCUGCGGACUCCAAUGUAGGCCCUCCUGGCCCUGGGCUGGGAGGCUGCCAACUGAGCUACAUCCCCUCCUCCAACUCCAACAAGAACAACAUGCCGGUACAAUGGAAUGAGGUUAGCUCUGGCACCAUGGAUACCCUACCCAGCCAAGUGAAGCCACCACCUUUUCCUCAGGGCAAUCUGGCUGUGGUACACCAGAAGCCAGCCUUUGGCCAGUAUCUGGGCUACAGUCCACAAGGCCUACAAGAUAGCCCCAGAGGCCUAGACGGAACCCAGCCACAUCUGCAGCCCCGGAGCGGAGCCCUCUCUGCACCCAGAGGAAGUCACAUUCAGCAGCAACGACAGCCAGCCACAGGUGGCCAGUGCCUCAGUAUAACAACUGCCUUGAGUCCCCAGGCCAGCUACAGCCAAGCCCACCCCCAGCUGAGCCCCAACACUGUCAGUGGAACCCUGAACCAGUUCUCAUCCUGUAGCAAUAUGACAGCCAAGCCCAGCCACCUGGGGCUCCCUCAGCAAAUGGAAGUUGUCCCCAAUGCCACCAUGAUGAGCAACCACCACCGUGAGCUAGGGGUCCCCAAUUCAACCCUGGCUGGGGUACCACCUCCUCCUCACCCAGUCCUGAGCUAUCCCCAGCAGGAAGGCUACCACCAGGGUACCAACCUCCUACCAUCCCACCAGCCUAGUUUCAUGGAGUCCCAGCAGAACACAGGCUUUGGCCUUAUGCAACCCAGGCCACCCCUUGAGCCCAGCCCUUCCAGUCGUCACCGGAGUGUGCGUGCUGGGCAGCAGCAGUUGGCCUAUUCUAGGACCACUGGCCAAGCUUUGGUCACCACAUCAGCCAUCCAGGAGACAGGAGAGGCUUUGCCCAAGGGGACAGCAGGUACCUUGGUGUCCCUGCCUCAUCCGACAUCACGGGAUACAGUGCAGGCACAGGACCAGAGCACACUCUACUACUAUGGCCAGAUCCACAUGUAUGAACAGAAUGGAGGCUGCCCAGCCAUGCAGCUCCAGCCACCACCACCGCAAGCCUGCUCAGACAGUAUCCAGCCCCUGCCUUCACCAGGAGUCAACCAGGUGUCCAGCACUGUGGACUCCCAGCUCCUGGAGGCCCCCCAAAUCGACUUUGAUGCUAUCAUGGAUGAUGGUGAUCACUCGAGCUUGUUCUCAGGUGCGCUCAGCCCCAGCCUCCUCCACAACCUCUCCCAGAAUUCCUCACGCCUCACCACACCCCGGAACUCCCUCACACUGCCCUCCAUCCCUGCAGGCAUCAGCAACAUGGCUGUGGGGGACAUGAGCUCCAUGCUCACCAGCCUGGCCGAGGAGAACAAGUUUUUAAAUAUGAUGACCUAAAGUCCCCAGCCCCUGGCACAGGGCAAAUAUGAGUGGCCUUGGCUUCCUCGAGUACAGGCAUCUCAUUUGUUCUUUUUUUUCCAAAAAAGUAUUAACUAGGCCUGAGAGGGUUUGGGCAAUGGCUGGUUCAGACUUGCAAACAUUUUAAGAAAAGGUUGAGGCAUCUUCUCUGCUUUUUGGACUUUUUUUUUUGAACACUAAAAAAAUCUUUUUCAGAAAGAAACUCGUUUACACAAUGCUUGCCAGCUUUAGUGUUUAUGGGAUUGUUCUGUUCUGGCUUCUUUGCCUCUGUCAUUUGGCUAAUGAGAGAGUACAUUGGCCAAGGGCUUUAUAAGUAUAUGCCCAAAGAGCGGGGUAGCCACAUUUGGCUUUGAAUCUGGGACUGUGCUGGAUAGUCUGCUCUGGGAAGAUGGGUUUGCCAUUCCACCACUCUUGGAUUCCUCAAUGAAGCUGUUCAAGGUUGCCUGCUACAGAGGAACCAGUGCCUUGUCCCAGGAUACUGUGGAGUACCAUUCCAGAUUCCAUGGAUCUAACAUCUCUGUUCCCUCAAGCAGAAUGAAACAGCAGAUUUCCUGGAGUAUUCUGAGAAAGAAUACACAUCAAAAGGAGAUAUAAACAGUGUACCCCCUGGGGCAAACCCAGAAGCUGCCUGGGGCUCCCCUGACUUGUUUACAGUGUUCUUGCAUGUACAAUGAAGCCCUUCCUGAAAAGAACACUUGUUUCUAAAUACCUCGGGCUGCUAUGGGUUAGGGAAGGACCAGGCCUCGAGGCAAAGGAGGCCUUCCGGUAGGAAGAGGAAGUCUCAUGUUUACCCAGUCCUAUUUCUCCAAUGCAAUAUCUGACCACCCUCAAGUGGAAAGUUCCAGAGCUCUUUUAGGCCAUGCUGAAUGGCCAGCAGUCUACGCCAAACCACCACAAGCAGUCUUAGUAUCUUCUGAUCCCUUGACCUCUGCUCCCCUCCCUGGGUUAUUUGGCAUAGAAUGAUGACAUGCAUGGUGUUUAGGGGAGGGCGGGAGAGCGAAGGGGUUGAUUCUUGGACUCCAAGAACUGUUAACUGAAUUCUUAUUCCAUGUGGCCAGGCCCCACAUAAGAAAUGGCAUUUGGAAACUGACUCCAAAAAGAAUCAGUCCUGAACACACUGCAGAGUGAACACAUGCCACACACAUGCACACACCCCAUCUGAAACCUCUUCUUUGAAUUUAUAGCAACUUUGCCAAAUUAAACUGUAUCACCUAGAGCUUCUUUCGGACCAAGACUUUGGCUUUGGUGGGUGUAUCUUAGUGGAGUCUGGACCCUCUGUGUCCCAGCACAUCAAGCUCCUCUGUUUACAAUCCAGAGACAAGGCCAACUCCAAAUGACAGCUAUGAGACAUGGUCAUGGGCCUGUGGCUCUGGGGUGGUGUGGGCUUAUUGCCUGAAAUAGACCCUACACUUUCCCAUUCUCCAUCUGUAUAUAUUUUAUGCAGACGGUGUCAUCCCCGAAUAUACUGUAGGUGAAUCGUCUGGCCAAAUUUAUAUUGCCAAACAUUUUUAGCUUUUUUCUACAUGCUAUGAAUUGAGAUGACAUACUCAACUUGUAAAUAAGUCUUUUGUACAUUAAAAAAGUAAUUUUUUUCAUAAUUUAUCUUG